AUGGUUUUCCUCGCAGGGGUCAGCUUCGGCGACCAGAAGCUCGUCAAGAAAGCCCUCGAGUCCUUCUAUGCUCUUGGGCCCACAGUAUCUGCCCGAAUUAUGGCAAAAUACUCGAUUCACAAGCUCGCCAAGGUCGGAUCCCUCGCUCCUAGAACCGUCACUUCCAUUACGGCCGAAUUAUCACAAAUGACCAUCGAAACGGACGCCCGCCGCUUGUUGCAAGAGAAUAUUCGACGACUAAAGGAUAUGGGAUCAUACCGGGGUAGACGCCACGCAAUGGGUCUGCCAGUCCGUGGUCAACGAACAAGGACACAGACGGCGACGGCCAACAGGCUCAACAGGGUGGAACGACGAGGUUAA